GUAGCCCAGUCCUUCCAAGGAGGAUCUCGUCCAACAUGGCGGACACACUUGACUUUUGAGAUUGUCGUGGUCCGAUUGUCGUCUGGCUGUCACGGCCGUCUAAGCUUGGCAUUCGUGACUAGUGGCAUGUGAUUGUUAUCAUCACAAAAGAUGCAUAAAUAUAAAAGGUUAGCUGGCGUUGCAGGACCAGAUAUAAACCAAAUCGCAUUAGGUUUCAGUUCCAUAUCGAGAAAGGUGUGCCAUCUGGCGUUUGCUAUUACGAUAGGUAUCGCUUGCGUGCGAUCGUUAAAAUACUGCUGGCUGACCCUAAAGUGUAGUCCCUGCGAUUCUCGGUGCAUUCUUCCGGUAGCGCAAGCUCCUAGACGUACACCGAGUAAGUUCAAGCCACGCGCGUUACAAUGUUCAAGAAAAGUUCGCUGAGACACCAUCAAUCACCUCUGGUGAUGGAACAUUCAACGGAGGAGACAAAACGGUUGAAGGAUGACAAACGUGGCAAGAAAGAGUGGAAACGCUGGGGACCUUAUCUUACCGAACGCCAGUGGGGAACGGUUAGAGAGGAUUACUCCCACGACGGGAAUUAUUGGGACUUUGUAUCUCAUGAUCAGUCCCGAUCACGGAUUUACCGUUGGGGUGAGGAUGGUCUACUUGGAAUAACAGACAACCAAUGUCAACUCUGCUUUGCACUUGGCUUGUGGAAUGGAAAGGAUCCUAUUAUCAAAGAAAGACUGUUUGGCCUCACAGACAAAGAAGGUAACCAUGGUGAAGAUGUCAAAGAGUGUUACUACUAUCUAGACUCCACCCCUACCCACUCGUACAUGAAGGCGCUGUACAAGUACCCUCAGGAGGAGUUCCCAUACUGCCAACUGAUUGAAGUUAACAAGAACAGAACUCAUGUGGACCCAGAGUUUGAGUUACUCGACACUGGAAUCUUUGAAGAUAACAAAUACUGGGAUGUCCAAGUGGAAUAUGUCAAGAGCUCCCCCAAUGACAUACUUAUCAACCUGACUCUGACCAAUCGCGGUCCAGACACAGCUACCCUUCAUGUGCUACCCACCCUGUGGUACCGAAACACGUGGAUCUGGGGGUGUAAACAUAAUGGGUUCACAGGGAAACCAUUUAUGGUUGAGACCAACCCUGGAACAGCAGAAUGUAACCAUGGGGGCUGUGGCAAGUUUGUCUUCGUAGCUGAUGUGGAUCCAUCCGGAAACUUACCUGAAUUUCUUUUCACGGAGAAUGAGACCAACACAUGGCGUCUGUUUAAUGGAAGCGCCAAUUAUACGACACUUGUUAAAGACGCGUUCCAUCGGCGUAUUAUAAACGGCGAGGAAUCCGCCACAAGCACACAGCAACAGGGGAGCAAGAUGGCCGCUCACUACGUGGUUGACGUGGUCAGCGGUGGUCAGUGCACUCUCAAAUGUAGACUAAUGGCGGAAGACGAGCUUGUGUCCAGUCCCUUCUCGGAGAGAGCUUUUGGCGCAGUCAUGGACAAGCGAAAGAAGGAGGCGGAUGAGUUUUACAACGCCGUUAUCCCAGACGCGCUUCCCAAGCAAGAAAGUCUUGUUGCGCGGCAGUCCUACGCGGGCCUCCUUUGGAGUAAGCAGUUCUAUAAUUAUGUGGUUGCUGAUUGGUUGGAUGGCGAUGACGACAUGCCGCCACCACCGCACUCCCGUAAAGAUGGUAGAAACUCGUGCGCUGAGUGGCGGGCCAUGCAUACACGAGAUGUGGUAUGUGUCCCGGACAAGUGGGAGUACCCCUGGUUCUCAUCAUACGAAGAGGCCAUGAACAUGCUCCCAAUGGCCAAAAUCGACCCAGUCUUCGCCAAAAAACAACUCCUCCUGCUCCUCAGCGAGGAUUUCAUGUCUCCCACGGGGCAGAUCCCGGGAAACGAGACAUCCCUCGAGAUGGUCGUCCCACCCGUACACGCACUGGCAUGCCACAGAGUGUUCAAGAUCACGGGGAGAAAGGGACACCGUGAUCACGUGUUCCUUGCACGGUGCUUCCAAAAACUGCUCACCAAUUACACGUGGUGGGCGAACAUGAAGGAUUCUUCAGGCAAAAGCAUCUUCGGAGGAGGAUUCGUUGGAUUAGAUUACGACAAAGAAGAAAUCCCACGUUUAAAUGAGGAUGAGAAAGAGGACGAUGAGAAGGAGAUUCCUGAUAGUCCAAACGUUGGACCUGCCCUCGCCGAGGUGGAAGGCACGGCUUGGAUGGCGUUCUAUUGUGUGGUGAUGCUUGGUAUCUCACUAGACCUCGCAAUCAACGACCCGUCAUACGAGGACAUCGCUACGCGUUUUCUCGACCACUUCACGCUGUUAUCCGCCGUCAUGAACCACAUGCGCGACCACGCCCCCAUGUGGGAUCAGGGAGACGGUUUCUAUUACGACCACAUUCACGAGAAUCUCGGCACUGGGCCUCUGCGCGUGCGCGACAUCCGGGGAUUCAUUCCGCUGUUGUGUUGCGCUGUAAUUGACGAUUCGCAGAUAGAGAAGUUGGCUAAGUUUAAGCAGCGCCUUGAUUGGUUCACGGAGACCCAUGUCCAGGCUACAAAGACGAGCACUUUUAUGGAUCCCCUGGGGGAUACCCAGCGUCAUCGACUGCUUGCCGUUCCCACCCGUGAGAGGUUGUGCCGAAUGCUGGGCUACCUGCUGAAUGAGCAUGAGUUCUUGUCGCCGUUCGGUAUUCGCUCACUAUCGCUUUUCCACAAGGAAAGACCAGUCACUAUCGUCAACGGGCGGGAUGUGCUUGUGUCUGCUGAGUUCACACCCGGGGAGGCUGGCGUGAACAGGAACCACCGCGGUCCCAUAUGGCUUUUCAUGAACUUCUUGAUCGUUGAGGCGCUCGAGCGCUACGACUUUUUCUACGGUGAUACCCUCAAGGUCGAUUUCCCAUCGUGCUCCGGGAACCUUAUGCGCCUUCGCGAUGUCGCCAUCGAGAUAUCAAAACGCGUGACGUCAGUCUUUCUGCCCGACCAGAGCGGCAAGCGGCCUUGCCAUGGCAACGACUUGCAGUACACCUAUGACGUGUACUGGAACCAGUUAGUCCUGUUUUACGAGUAUUUCAACGCAGACACAGGGAAAGGAUGCGGCGCGAGUCACUACUUUGGCCAGUCUGCACUAGUAACACAUCUACUGGACAAGAUUGUGUACAACCACUAGACCGCCACCAUAGUCAAAGCUUCGGCACCAACACUCCGUAGAAGCGUUUACCGCAGAUAUCCCAUCUUUGUGAACUACGGCUCAGAUUUCAACGAACACGCCAUUUUACACGUAUUCGAAGUCCCAGUUAGGUUUAAUAAUUCAUUUUGGUGGACAACAUGACGUAGAACAGUAGUUUUAACAUGUGAUAAUUGUUUUACUGAAUUUAUAGCAAGAAGGCACGGGAUCAUAAUAUCUUAUCCGCACCCUUCAAGACAAACGCUAAAUGGUGUGCAGGGCCGUUACGCCUAAAGGGCCCCCCGUUUUAAUCUAAAAUUUUAAUGAAAUUACCAGAGGGGCGCGGCUGUGGGCCCCCAUUUUU